UGACGGUCUUUGGCGAAAGUUUUAACGAAAUCUUUGGAUGCUCUGCGACGGAAUUUCACAACUUCAAAAGUCAAUCACUAUUAGAUAUGAAUUCAAAGGAGUUUAGCUAUCUUGUGUUCAAUUCGUUGGAUUGGAUCCUACCAGGAGAAAUAUUUAUGUUAACGUUUUCCGAAGCACAGUGGGCGAAAACCAGAAACUUUGGCGAUCAGAACAAUUCGAGUAGAGGUUUAUCGAUCAUCGCUUCCCGCAUUCAACCUAUGAUGAGGUCAAGUUUAACAGUUAUUGAUUAUAUCCGAAAUUUUAAUAACAGCUAUGAAGAUAAAAUAGAAGAUUUACAUCAAAGAGUCGAGGAUAGACUGUUGGAAAGGUUUGAUGGAGAAUUAGUAGAG